AUGCCGCAGUCGCCGCCGCCGCCGCCGCCGCCGCCGCCGCCGCCGCCGCCGCCGCCGCCGCCGCCGCCGCCGCAGAGACACGACGUGUAGCGGGUACAAAUGCACGCCGCCGCCGUGGCCUGCCUAGUGGACGGAGCGAGCAUAACUUAUAGGCACGAAAGGCACACUGCAUUUUCUCCCACCCUCAUUCCCUCCACUUUUUAUCCCCCCGCUGCCUCACUUCCUCGCUUUCAGUGGUAUGGACACACAGCACUUUGAUCUCACAAAGCCGCUCUCUGUGUACAGACGGUAUUUGACAGCUUUCGCGAAGAAAACGAGAAAGAGAGGGAGACCGUCGCGGUGCAAGUGCCUAAAUAUCAGCAGCAGCAGCAGCAGCAGCAGCAGCAGCAGCAGCAGCAGCAGCAGCAGCAGCAGCAGCAGCAGCAGCAGCAGCAGCAGCAGCAGCAGCAGCAGCAGCAGCAGCAGCAGCAGCAGCAGUACUCAACGUGGGCGAGAGCGGCUGCGCUGGAUGGAACAAACGAGGUAUGUGUGUGUGUAUGCGAGCGGUCGGUUGGCUUGCACCGUAGAAGUGGUCAAGCGGCAAAUCGAUUGAGUUGGCAUGGCGUUCCAAAUUCUGUGGAGACAUGCCUUCGAACAGUGCUGAGGGACUGUAGCAGUGCGUUAUUUAUAAAACCCCAUUCGGGCUCAACUACGGAGCAAGUAGGGUAGAAAAAGUAGGGGGCGCUCGCCGAUCGUUCUUACGGAACUCACUCGUUCCGUUGUGCCUUACGGGCUUUCUCUCUCUCUCUCUCUCUCGAGCCCAACCAGCAGCCGCACAGCGGCGUAUGAUAUAGGCAGCAUUGUUAUUACCGACAAAGACAAGGGGGACUGGAAUGGCCAUUUCUGGCUUAUUAGCCGUCGUCAGCCAGCCAUACCCAACCCCGAAAUGUGGAACACCCGAGGCUCGAACUCGCGACCUGUCAGUUAGAAGUCUACGUCUCUAACCACUGGGCCACGAGCCCGUUAUAUAUGCGCAUAUGUAUAUAUUCCCGAUCGAAACCGACAGGGCAACGGGCUCGUAGUCCAGUGGUUAGAGGCGUGGACUUCUAACUAACAGGUCGCGAGUUCGAGCCUCGGUGUUCCACACUUCGGCGUUGGGUAUGACUGACUGACGACGACUAAUAAGCCAGAAAUGGCCAUUCCAGUCUCCCUUGUCUUUGUCGGUAAUAACAAUUCUGCCUAAAUGAGCGAAGGGUCACCAGGUUCCCCGUCAACAGUGUUUGAAACAAAGCGCUGCAUUCCCCAUCGGUUGUCUAGCUGGCAUGUUGGUAUCAUCUUUCCAUCCAGACGGAUCAUCCCUCAAGCCGUAAAUCUCAUUCCCUCCAUUUGUAUCGUUUACCAUUUUCCGCUGUGUCAAUCCCGCUGUUAAUAGUAUACAUAGUUCGUACCCUUUGACUUUGCCUACCCUCAGCUUGGAUGAGAUCGAUGACCGCUUAACAACUCUCUUCAGAUCAGCAUUAACUAGGAGUUACAUCUAAUGAUCCGCGUUACCUCGUGUGUGCAACCUUCAAAGUCUUCGGCCGUGGCAGCGGCUCCACAAGCACAAGCAAGACCGGUUACUGUGAUCGACCAUACUCAACACACUGAUUUGGCGUGGCGUUCCAAAUUCUGCCGGGGCAUGUCUUCGAACAGUGAUGAGGAACUGCAGUACUGGGCUAUUCACAAAACCCCAUUCAGUCAAAUAAUUGAUACUCAACUACGGAACAAGCAGGGGAGAAAAAAGAGCGAAAAGUCGCCAGGUUUCCCGUCAAUAAUGGGUGAAGCAAAGCUAACCUCCACGAUAACAAUUUUCCCACACAAUAAUAGGUGUUGAUCCAAUAAUUUUUAAACUCGUACUGGCGGCGAGUCUAGUCGCUAACCGUUCUGUAGUCGAGAGUUUGGAAUGACCAGCACUAACAAUGUUUGGUGGUGAGGCUGUACAGUAAAAACCAGAAGUUUCUAUAACCAUACAAACUCGAAUAUUGCCAGUAAUUCAUCUGAUUCAGUUGUAAACAAGUCGUCGACCCCAGUGAAGCUCAAACCUAAAGCAAUGAGGGGAAGAUGUGAGUAUAGCCAAUAACCGCGGCCGGGGCCUCGUAGCUCAGACGUGUAGUGUUGGCUUUACUCAAUCCUUGCCCUUGUCGUAUCGGGUCCGAGUCCCGAAAAGUCGACCACUUUUUUACAGCUGGGUCAGAUGAAUUAUUCAAAUCUACCAAAACACCCAAGCCGGCUUGGACAGGCGGAGAUUAUCCUCAUUAAUGGAAACACGACGAGCAGAAGUAAGAAGGAACCAGAACUCAAAUAUGUAACAAUAGGUCUACAAUAGACAAGACUGAAAUUAAACAACAGACUAUACAUAGUCGGGUAGCAUUUUAAUCGGAUGAGAAGUGGGAAAGACAACUGGAAGGCGUACCUACCUUUGUAAUUUUGUGUGGCAAAAAGGGCCAAAAGUCAAAUGAAUACGCGGUUGCAAACAGAUUACGGCCCCAUAGUCAAAAAUAGUUGUUACUCCCAAGAGAUGUGAAAGGAGGAAACAGUCAAAGCUUGUGAAAAUUCAGGCAAAGGAGCAGCUUGAUGAACGGCCCAGAUAGGGGUGGGUGGUGGUAUUCCCGACGCCGAGGGAGUCUGUCUGGGCUCAAAUUAAUGUCCGCCGCCGCCGCGGCCGGGGCGCUGCGCACACUCGGCGAUUAACACUAAUGUGGGGGACAAUUGUGAAGAUGAAUGUCGGAAGUUACUUCUUCCAUGGGCGGCAAGGAUGUGGGGAAGUGGAGGACAGCGGGGGCGGACAGGUGCGAACAACCGGAAGCAGGCUCAGUUUAGUCCCAACAGUUGGCGGCGAAGUGUGCAGCAUCAGGACGUGAUUGAUUGCAACCACCAUAAUCAGUGCCCCCCCCUCCGCCUUCCUCUCUCGCAAGCGCAAUUAGCCACUCUAUGCCCCCAACUCCCUCACCACCACCACCCACGGUACCCCGCUGGCCAGCAGUAGGCACUUCGAGAGAUGCCGUAAUAGUCUCGGGGUAAUCAGCCUGACCGUUUGUCAUUGCUAGCGCACACCCUCCCCCCCCCAUCCACUGCCUGAGAUCGGCAAGACGCAAGAAAGACGGCGCAUGGGGAGGGCAGCGGCAGCAGCUUCAGUCGGCGAGAGCGUUCACGAGACUACAGCACCAGUCAUCAAGUCCGCGCCAAAGGGACGAAGAGCGAACCUGAUGCGGCGCGCAAGCACACAGGGUUAGAGCGGUAAGUUAUCAGUCGGCGAUCGAAGACGGCACAAGGCAAACGGCACACACACACGCAACCACACAGGCAGGCGUACGGCAGCGAGGGGAUGUGGGCAAAGAGUGAGAUCCAAGCGGACUAGGGUGUUUCUGCAGUCACCGCUGCUGAUGCGCACCAGUGGUCAGUGUGCGGUGUUUCAGGGCGGCAACAAAAUAGCGUGCAAACACACACGCACACACGCGCGAGCAGUGUGUGUGUGCGGAGUGCAUAAGGCGCCGAAGAAGAGGUAGUUGCUUAGAUUGAUUGACAGCUGCCUGGCUGCAAGAGGCGCUUAUCACACUUUGACCCCAACUAACGCCCAGUUCCCAUUUGUGGCUCGGCAGGACUGUGCUGAACGCAGGGAUAGCACACUGGCAAACACCUCUACUGACAAACGAAACCAGGUAAGGGUGGCUGGCGUGUACCUUCAAAGUUAGUGCGCCUGUGCGUGAAGGUUGAUUCGUCUAUCGGACGAGGACCAGUCGCGUUAUGGCACACACACUGGUGGUACAUUAAGCCAAGCCAGUUAAUGGGCUCUAUUUUGCUGCCAGUCGGCAUAGUGUCCAUUGAUCAUGACAGUGGGACUGUCAUGUUCGACAAUGCCAAUCCUGCGGCACGUAGCAGAGUGGGCGCAAGAAUAGUGACUUACACGUGAAUCAGUUUUCAGUGAUAGUGGACUUAACAAUGAAUCUACCACACUCUCUAUUUCCUCAACCUGGGCGUGGUGUCAAGAGGGAGCCAAGAAGGUCGGAGGUGGGAUCGGGAGCAAAUGGACGGCGCGGAGUGGGCUCGCGCCUUGUCGUGCCACCACACUCCGGUCGGCUGGACAAAAACUUAAAAGAAUAGACGGAUACGUUGGUCACAGCGAAAUAACGGAAUUCUUAGAGACUACCAAAACAACCUACGGUUCGCGAUCCACUGGAAUUUCACUGUUGCUCAUCUGGAAUAAAACAGCAUCGUUACUAGAAAAAUAAACUGCAAAAAACAACGUUCGGCACCCGCCUGCAGCCUGGAAGGCGGCAAUCAACAAACUGCCGCAAACCGAAAUUUACGUUGACUUAGGCCUUCUACAGCCCUAUAGGAGACCAACAAUGCAGUUAAACUGCCACGAAGAGAAAGGCUGCGGACGGUAGCCCCACCGAGACGGCGCCACAGACCCUUUCGAUACAGGAAAUGUGAGGCAUUAACCAGUGACAAUGAAAUAGAAGAAUGCUAUUGUUGUGCGCUCCAAAAAGCAAAGGAAGUAUGAAACUGUAAUGAACACAGGAAAAUCUGCCUACUCAGCAUCGAGCGAAGGGCUCCGCCCGAAUUUUACCUAAUUAUCCGAAGCCGUGUUCAGAACAAGGUUUUCUGUCGCAGGCAGUGGGAGUAUGCCCUUAUUUCGAGAUGGACAAAACCGAAAGGAAAAACGUCUUAACCCUAUUAUUCAAUAAAUAAAACUGCAAAUCUGGAUAUCGUUGAUUUUAGCAGCUAACGCGGAGAAUUCAUUCCCCUUCAACUGGUUCAACAUGUUCUUUGGAAUCAAAACAAAACGCAUGCAAGCGUGGCACUGGCCACACUCUCUGAUGUUAGUGAAAUCUAAAAAGACCAAUGAAAUACAGCGAGGACAUCAAACUACUUUCUGAUCAGCAGUCAUUGCGGAACUGUGAAUAGUGCCGAAAAGCGGUCUCGGAGACCCAGGAUUAAAAUGGCCAACGACGACUACAACCGACUGCUUUUGACAUUGACCGAUGUCGGCGCAUUUUUCAUGCUUAAGCUAGCCAUGCUGGACACGUCCACACUUGCUGUGGGAACGCGGACCGGACUCUGAGGAACACUACCGACGUCGAUCAAACUCUCGCUACUUUCCCACACUGUACCCGCAGAUUCCAGGGCCGGAUCACCAGCAGUGGACAACUUCGUGGAUAGCCCCAGCUCAACCGACACAACACGUCCAAUUAAUCCUAUCACCAUAUUUUGCAAAAUUUCAAUCUACCAUAUUACAGAGGCACAUUUAGGGGAAAUGUUUAGUUCAGUGAACAUUUCCGACCGAAAAGUAUUCAGGCUGUCAUUUAAACUGCUGAAAAUGUGCACCAUCGACUACAACAGGCAAACGGUGGAUCAGUAAAUGCGCAUAUUAUAACAUUACUGAGAGCACUUAUGUUCCUUGGCUAGCUGGCAGUCCGGACAGAGCGCGCAGAACAGAAAAAUUCGAAAACCGCAGAGGAAUUGUAGGUACGAAAUUUUCUAAGCAAGAUGCGCAUCAAAAUAAGUGUUUUGGCAGGGGAUCAGUCGUCCAAAAUGUAAAGGUGAUGAGACAGUAUAACUUGAGCGUUGAGCGGGCGCAAUUGACUGGGGGCAUUGGGGUGCAAAGUACCUCAACAGUAACAGCAGUAGCAGCAAACUUUAGUUAACGCAAGCUCGUCUUGAUCUGAGCAGUAGAGCAAAUAUCUGGCGUGCAAAAUGGUAAACGCAUAGUCACAUCGUAGCGUUUAAACUCUGCUUGGCUUCGGACUGUCGAGAACAAAAGCAGAAUGUCGGAGGUUAGACCUACAUUAUGCGCAACACAGACCACUUGAAGCGGUCAAAAUAGUUACAUUUCCCUUAAGAUAACAAAAAGUGAGUCAGUCAACUGAUUGAAAGUGGUAGCUGGACAAUGUGCGAAGGUCGGAACAGAGCGGCGAAAGUGUUAUAAAGUACGGAAAAUAAGGCUUGUCAUUGAAAUGACCUGAAAUUUAGCAAAGCACACGCGAUAAUAGGGCUGUGCCUAGGCGAAAUUAAGAGGCAUAAACAUAGUACUGCGGUGAACUUCAAAGAUCUUGUCAGACUGGAGUAGUCGCUAACCUUUGCAAAGCAUCAGCACAGUGAGGCUUUGGGAUGUUUUUUGGACCUUCAAAGUUCCGGGAGGCAGACGACUGACUGGCAGGACGGCCGAAGGCUGAAAACGGCUCGCUGAAAUCGCCUAUUCUAUUUGCAGGCUGAUUUGAAGGGUCAACAACCAACUGUUUCUCUGAUUGUCUAAUAAUAAUGGAAAUAGAUAAGAAAUAAUGGCCGUCGACUUUUGGAGGAGGACGAGCUUAUUUGUAAUAAAUCGUAACUGAAGGUAUGGGGGGAAAUUUGGCGAAAAGUGGGAAGAGGCAACCUUUCAGCGUGUAAGAUUCACUGUUCUCGAUAAAAAUUAUUUUUUCUGAUAUUUCGAAUGCAUGAUGGUGUUGCUGACUUUUGAAACAUAAUUAGCGAACUCACUUGACACAACUAAAACUAAAACGAGGGUAAGCCUGAAAAAUCGUUGACAACUGCAGCUUUUGCCGAGACUACUAGGGUUAGAUAACUGAUGUUUUGCAAUGGCCUUCGCACACCAUUGAACCGACCCGUCUCAGAAAGGGUGCAAAUGCGUGAGCCGCAAUCCAAAUGGUAAACGACUAGGUUGACGAGGAACUAGCACGACACCAAAGUCUGUAAGAUUAAUGUGACCGAAGGCCAUAAGCACUUUAAUGAAUUCUGAGGAAGUAACGCAUAAGAGCUAUCAACUAGGCCGUUUGGAACAUUUGCAUAUUAGCCCAAGAAUACGAUCAUUGUAAAAACGUUAAAUCUGUCAAAUGGAAACAUCGGUAAAUGGGCUUAAAAUUAACGGUCUGGCAUAUUUACGAGUAAUCCAUGCAAGCAUUGUACGAGGGACGAGUUUGAGAUAGUUAAUAUUCAUGCGUACGUGCGAAGUAGAUCAAUUAAACGUUAAAGUGGCCAAAUAGCUGCCGCUUUUCCUAAUGAUCACGCAUGGUGACAUCUAAACUAGACUCCCUAAGGCUGUUCGUUGAAAUUGCCCACUAAAAUUCUAGUAAAUGACCGAAAGAAAAAUCUGAGUGUUAAGACAUCAAGACGCAGAAUUGCAAUCAAAACGUCCACCGUCUGCCCCACAGAAAGGGUGAUACAGAUGCUGGACAACAAGGGAUUACAGUUCCGAAAACGUAUUACAGUCGGAUGUUGUGUGUGCAAUAAGAAAAAUAGUGGGAGAAACGAGUGGUGCGAACGCGGAUAUAGUCACUAAGAAAUAAAUCAGGGGUUAUCCUCACUAGGGGAUUGUAAUAACUCACCUGCUUUGUUUUGUACAGGCUUUUGUGCCACUCAAACCUCCGGACUGGAUGUUAGCGAGAGUUUCAGGAUUUAAAAGUGACUGUCGAACUAGCCGGAAGGCAUCAGAAUGUACAAAAUCCAGAAAGUAACUUCGGGCAAGUGUAUUCUGAAUAUCCAUUUGAGCAGCAUCAAAGAGAGAACGAAGUAUGGGCAGCUUUUUAUCACCGCUGAUGCUUUUGUGAUUCGCGUGAGAAAAGAGUGUGAGAGUUGAGCGUAUCUCCCUUUUUGUGGAUUCAUUCACAGGAACAGACGAGGCGGCAUCUGUUCGGAUGUAAGUCCUGUAGAUGGCCUUGGCAACUUGAAGCAAUUUAAGUUGGUCAUCGCCAUCAAUAAUGGCUCUAAAUCCUUUACAUGCAAACCAAAAGUCCAGGAGGUGUCCGGAAGAAAAUCGCGUUGACAGAAAUUCAUGAAAGAGUUGAACUCCAUCGGAGUCGUUGAGUAAAGAAUCCAACUGCUCGCCAAUAUGAUGUUGAACUUCCAUGGUAGAAUGCAGAAGAUGAAAACCAAGUGGUAUUCAAGGACUCAUGCGGUCGAAAUCAUUGAACGAAAAGUGAUGCUACGCCCGCGCAGAAACACAAGCUCCCGAGCCUUUAAGGGCUAACAUUGAGAAAACGCGGCGGAGAGGAGAGUACUACCUUUUAAACUAACUGGUAAAUUUAAACAAAAUUACGGCCCGAACAGGUUAGUAUGUACCUUCACUUUGUUUUGAGAUGAAUAAUUGGUAUCGAUGAGUAAAAAGGUCGAAAAUUGGCUUGAAGGCGAGGACAAAAAUUCCCGAAGUUCGUAUUAACGCCGGCAUUUAUGCGGAAGGUUUGAAAUGGUAACUUUGCGAUAUCGUUAAAUAUUCCUUGUUAAUCUGUCUCAUCCCUGCAUUCGGGUUGUUUUUUUUUUCGGAAAUUCGUUUCCUCCCGAAAGCAAAUAAUUCACCAUCAGGUUGAUAUUCGCCAUCGCCUUGCUGAUACGAAUUCAAAGUAUCUAAGUAUUCGUCCUUCCGAGUGCUGGGAAUAAAGCAAUGGACAAUCCAGACUUUUUAGGAAGGUGGAAAAAGAUGCACCCUAAUUAGUCUCGCAAAACCUAUAAGGGAAUGAAAAAAAUGAAAUGAAAAUGCUACCAAAUCUUCCACUGAAAAAUUAUAAGGCGUUGCGACGUAAGCUUCUAGCAUCCUUCUAGUACAGGAGGAGCACCUGCGUCUGAAUGAAUUUUGCAUUGGUACAAAUAAACCGCCUGCCAGUUGAUGAACUGUCAAUUGAAGUGCGCAGUUAAUUCAUAGCGGCCGCAUUUUUGGAAACGGAGUCAGGAGAAGGUAGCCUGUUAAGUAGGCUGUUUGCGAUUAUGGACACGGUAAGCAAAAUAAUUGGCAGUUUAGCUUGAAUUAUAACCAAUGCAAACGCGAGAUGUUCAUAGGAAUAUCUGAUAAAAUUGUCGUUAAAAACUCCUCGGCAGUAUGGUGGGUUUCAAGUCCGUUAUGUGGAUCUAUUAUAUAAGCAAAACAGGAAAUAUGUCUAAAUAUCCGUUUGCCGGACAAAAAGUAUUUAACAAAAUGUAUUGCGCACUAACGGGUUCUCAAUUAAUGGUAGUAGGAAUGGCCUGCAAGGUGGAGCGGUAAGAAUAUGGAAGGAGUCGCGGAAAUCGUUGAUCAAAGAAAUUAGGGCGCCUUUCUGAGUAUUUGCAAGCCCUCGUGCGCACAGGCUGUCAAUGAAGUUCUUGUUCUCCGAACCGGCUCUCUUUCUGUUCCACUUUCCUUCCAGAUCAUAAAAAGAUUGUACAUGCGAAUUUCAAUGGUUGUGUUCAUCUUGUAGAGCGAGUUAGGAGAUAAGAGGGAAACCGCUAUCUUCUCACUCAGAUAAAAACAAUGUUCAUAAUACGUAGCAAGGCCAGGCCCCUAGAUGAUUGUACAAAAGAAUUGGAAGUCAUUGCUCGAUCAGACCUCGCCCACCUGAAGAAAGAAGGAACACCGCUGAUCAAAAUAUUGGGCGGAGGUGCAAAGGGCAGAGAACAAAGUCCUUAAAAAUCUCCAUAUUCUGUCGGGGUACAGCAUAAAGAAUUAAAGAUCUACGGUGGUGCAGUAAUACCAUGUACCUCUGUACGGCCGUAAAGCCUCAAUCUACUGAGCUCGUUUGCGUUGGCAUAAAGUAGCAGAGGGUGACUGCCAGGUGGUCUUCAAAAGGCCAGCGGGAGCUUACAAUAGUGCUACAUAAAGGAGAUAUCGGCACGCCAUGUGAGUUAAAACCAAGACAAAGUACGAAGGACAAAACUUCCGAUGAGAUGGAGGAUGCAUUUUACAAUGCGCAACCGAGUAAAAUGGAAAAACUACUCCCAACAUAAAGAAGAUCAAAUUUCUCAUGAAUAUGGACGAUGAGAGCAUAAUAGCUAAUGGAGUGAUUUAACUGGAAUCUUACACCAGGCCAGUUGAGAUGGAUGGGUGUGAGUGACGCGAAAGGAGGCGCCACGUUCAAUCACAAACAAAAUAGAGUAAUAAGAAGAACCCCAAACUCAGUGUCAAUAAUUUUGAGAAAUACAGAGAAAUUUGAUCCAAACUCUUUUCAAGAACAUGCUGAAGCCCUGCUAAGGGACGAUGGACCGCACAUCAUUCACAACGGAUACAGAAUAAGGAAGGCUUAGUCAGCGUCAGGCUUAGAUUUUCGACUACGAACACUUUCAGAGACCGAAGCGCAGGCAAAUCUUCGGCUACAGAGAAAGACAUCUCAGCGUGAUAUGCGCCCUGUAUUUUUAAACCGUAUUACGAAUCCAAAAAGAAUAAAAAUUAAAUAACUGAAAAUGUAGCUGAAGGAUUGAGGGAGUGACUACUAAAAAGAGUCCGGAAUAAUAGAUGGACAAAUACUUCGAGUUGAGGGCAGUCAAAAUGACAGCCUUAGCAACACGGAGAUGUCGAAUUUCGAGACUCCUACGAGAACUCGCGGCCGCUGUUCAGAAAUCUAUUGCAUUAACGGUGUAGGGGUGGCAGCGGUGGGCUCACGUAAUGGUCGUGGUGGUCGCUCACUUGCUUGCAGGUGAGACUGCGCCUAGCGUCCACAUGCUGGCACUCAACCCUCACCUGUGGCUCCAUGUAGCUGGACUGUGCUCAGCAUCCACACCCCGGGAAACCGUCUCGACCGGCGGGCUAAACCAGGUGAGGGGGCACUGUGCGCUGUGCCGUGUGCACACGGUUUGCGGAUUCCGCUGGAUGGAAGGUCGGGUGGAACCUUGAGUCGGCACCGUCGUGACGUGGUUCGUCUCUGUCCGCCGCUGGAUAGCCGGUGACGGGAUGGAUCUCCACAUCGACACCGCCUUGACGCGCCCACCUUCGCCGACGGAGACCGCGGCUUUCGGCGAAUUCGAGUCGCUCUCCACUACAACCCGAAGUCGUGGUCCCAUAGUGGAGUUCGGCCGUGCCACAACGGCACAUGGCAGCCCUAUUCAGGGAUGGCACUACCAGCCCCCACGAGGGGAAGGGCCUAGAAAAAGUGGCCUAAACAUUGCUGGGUACCACGCUGUCUCCAGGCUAGCCGGGGCCGCAGACGUCUUAUCAUGGUCGAAACAAUCAAAAUCGAAACAACAACAAUACCAAUAACAACAACAACCAUACUCAUUCUCCUCAUCCUACAUCUUCUUCCUCUUCCUCUGCCUAUUCUUCUGCCUAUACUUCUCCUUCGUCACCUUCUUCUCCAUCUCCUUCCCAUCGUCCCACUCGUCAUCAGACUGGCAGGGUGAGCCCGCUCACUCUGGCAGCCUGGAAUGUUCGUUCCAUUUUAGACAAUCCGAGGAGCAACCGACCGGAACGGAGGACGGCGCCAGUGGCACGAGAACUGGCGCGCUACAAGGUGGACAUCGCCGCACUCAGCGAGACCCGAUUCUUCGAACAAGACCAACUGGAGGACGUGGAUGCCGGCUAA